AUGGCACGAGAAGUCUGGUUGGUUCAGGGCAUAGGUAGGGGGUCGCGCGCCGCCUGGGCUGCCAGCUUGCAAUUCCGCGUUAUAUACCUCAGUGACGGUGGCAGUAGGAGCUGGCUGAACUGCAGCACACGUGCCUGGAUCGACACCCUCCUCCUCUUGCUUAGGGGUUCCUUCUGUCCUGGGUCCGUUCGGUCUCGCCCCGAGGUUUAUUCCAUUCUCUGCUCUCCCAGCCUCUCGUCCAGCCACCCAAGCUUUAGACCUAGACGUCUGCAGAACGAAUUGGUCACAGCCAUGAAUGUCUCACACGAAGUGGAGCAGCUGUUCCAGCCCUAUAACUUCGAGCAGUUGCAGGACAUGAGGCCUUUUUUGGAGGAGUACUGGGCAACCUGUUUCCCCAUAGCUCUGAUCUACCUGCUGCUCACCUUUCUGGGGCAGAACUACAUGAAGGCACGGAAAGGCUUCAACCUGCAGGGGCCUCUCAUCUUCUGGUCUUUCUGCCUUGCAAUCUUCAGCAUCCUAGGAGCAGUGAGGACAUGGGGCUAUAUGGGGACCGUGCUACUUAGACGGGGCCUAAAGCAAACUGUGUGCUUCACUGACUUCAUCAACAGUUCCACGGUCAAGUUCUGGUCCUGCCUUUUUGUUCUCAGCAAGAUCAUUGAACUUGGAGACACAGCCUUCAUCAUCCUGCGUAAGCGGCCGCUCAUCUUUGUGCACUGGUACCACCACAGCACAGUGCUAGUGUACACCUUCUUUGGAUACAAGAAUAGAGUGCCUGCAGGUGGCUGGUUCAUGACCAUGAACUUCGGUGUACAUGCCAUCAUGUACACCUACUAUACUCUGAAGGCUGCCAGUGUGAAGCCCCCCAGGGUGCUUUCUAUGCUUAUCACCAGCCUACAGAUCCUGCAGAUGUUUAUGGGAGCCAUCGUUGGCAUACUGACUUACAUCUGGAGGCAGGAACACGGAUGCCAAACCACAGUGGAGAACCUUUUCUGGUCCUUCAUCAUGUAUACAACAUAUUUCAUCCUCUUUGCCCACUACUUCCGCCAAACCUAUAUCAAGCCCAAGGUCAAAGCUAAGGCCAAGAAUCAAUGAAAGAUUGGAGAGAACAAUGAAACCUCAGGCUCUCUCUUUCUCAGGGUACUAAGGGGCUAGGCUUAGGUUUGGAAGAAUGAUUAGAGUGCCUUACCUGCAUGGUUUCCACA